GAGCGGGGCAGUCCCGGUGCCGCCGCCGCCAUGGAGGAGGCGCAGCGGCUGCUGACGGUGUCGGUGUGGAAGCUUUACCGGUGCCGGGUGCGGCGGGGCGGCCUCCGCCUGCACCGGAGCCUGCAGCUCUCGCUGCUCGUUCGAGCCGCUCGACACCGGUACCUGAGCGCCCGAGCGGCCGCCGAGAGCCUGCCGGGACCGGAGCUUCCCGGGGCGGCGGGGAGCGGAGUGAUCCCGGGACCGGAGAUUGCCGGGGCGGCGGGGAGCGGAGUGAUCCCGGGACCGGAGAUUGCCGGGGCGGCGGUGAACGGAGGGAUCCCGGGACCGGAGAUUGCCGGGGCGGCGGUGAACGGAGUGAUCCCGGGACCGGAGAUUCCCGGGGCGGCGGAAACCGGAGCGACCCCCGGAGCGGGUGGCGGCCCGAGCGGGGACCCCCGGUGCCCGAACCCACCGAGCGCGGACCGAGCGACCCCCCGGACCGAGCAGGAAUGGGGGAACCCCCUCCGGGACUGCACCGGGGACCACCGGAACCCACCGGGCGGAGCCCCCCGCAGUGAAUGGCACCGGGGAUGCCCCCCCGGGCGACCGAGCGAGGACCCCUCGAGCGCCGCGAACCGGAACCGGGACCCCCCACCGACCGCGGAUCCCCGUCCCACCCCGGACCCGGUGAACCGGGACCCCCUGCCCGCUGCCCCCGGCGCUCCCCGGCCCACCGGAGCCCCCCGGGCCGGGCAGAAGCGGCGCAGCAGCGGCUCGGCGGGGCCGGCCCGGGGCCCGGUACCGAGCAAACGGGCGCGGUUGGAGGCGGAGGCGCCGCCGCUGCCCCCGGGGCCGCCCGGGCGCUGCUCGGGGCCGCCCGCGGCCGCUUUCGGUUUUCUGGUCCGCGCCGUGGGGGCGUGCUGAGCCCUCCGGGGACCCCCGGGACACGGAACUUAACGGGGAUCCCCCCCGGACACGCGGAGAUUAACGGGGAUCCCCCCCGGACACACGAAGAUUAACGGGGAACCCCCCCGGGACACGGAACUUAACGGGGAUCCCCCCCGGACACGCGGAACCGGUUCUGGAUCCCCCCGGGACACACGGAACUUAACGGGGAACCCCCCCG